CCAAUGGUUGAUUCAUCUGCUGCAGCGAUUCAAGGACUUUCUUCUCAACAACAAAGAAGAAUUCCACCCCCCUUUGCAGCCCAACAACCAGCGGCAACAGCAGCAGCCCCACCCCCGCAAAUCCCUCUGCAGCCACAAGCAGGCCAACUACACCCCCACCCAACCCCUCCCCCUUUCAAACCAACCUUUGAUGGGAAUCCACAACACCUGGCUUACUUUCUCAGCAGAAUUGAGGCUUACGCUGAACAAUAUAGACAUCUCUACCCAUCAGAAAGAAGCCUAAUCAACACCAUCUCAGAUGGAAUGAAUGUGGGGCUAGCUUCAGAGUGGAUAGCACAGCUAUACAAUGCACAAGCACCAGAACUGAAUAAUAUUCACGAAUUUAUAACACUGCUUCGCAACCGGUUUCAAGAUGAUGACCUAAUUGCAGAAUGUGAGACCACCUUAAAAACAAUGAAACAAGGCAACAAGCCACUCAAACAAUUUGUAUGGGAUUUCAGAAGAGUGGCCGGCAACCUUAGACAUUGGCCAGAAGCAAUUCUUCUUCAUUACUUUAAAGAAGCGAUUGAUCAAAACAUCAGAAAAGCCUGCUCCACCAGAGGAAUCCCAGAACAACUGAAUACCUGGUACAACGUGUCCAUUGCUCUGGACAGAGAAUUCAACCCCCUCCAAAGCCGAUCACCAACUAUACCUCCUCAAAGACCACCUACAAGAUCCUCCCCCUCCAGACCAACCACACCCUCCACCUUUUACCCCUCAACAAUGAUCAAAUGCUACCGUUGUGGGAAACUAGGUCAUCGAGCGUCAGUUUGCCUAGCCCCAACACCCCUCCAACAAUAUCGACCACCAACGGCUACUCGACCACGCAACCCCCCUCGAAAACAUCCUAAUACCACUCGCUUUGCAAGGCAAGCCAUAGACCUCGCUACUGACCUUCCAUCACCUGACUCGCCUCCCAACGACUCAACCCAAGCAGAAAACGACCCAAUGGAUAUAGCUUCUUUUCCAAGGGGGGACGCCUGUCAGGCCUGGAAACCAUAUUGAACUUUCGGUUUCCAGACGCUGCCACAU